AACGCGUGAGAAGACUUGAGUUGAUAUACAUGAUGGCUUUGGAGUGCGCGUCGCUGCUGAGAGUAGGGCUUGUUUUGAUCAUGGCAGCCCAAGUCCUUCCGUCGGCGUCAGGCUGCAACAGGGGUUUCUACGAGAAGAUGAUCAAUGAACUCUGCUUAGCUAAAUUCAAACUAGACAUGGGAGGACUGGACCAAAGCCUGUGGUGCAGCUGGCCAGACACUCUGGAGCCAUAUGAGGGACUGACCAACUGUACGUACCAGGUGGCCUUGAGGAUGGACUGUUUCUGGCCUAAUCAGAUAGUUGACCGUUUCUUCAUGCAAAUCCACCGAAUCUACUUCCACGACUGCGCUCUGACCGGCCGGCUCCUCCACGACCCACCAAUCAGCAUCCUCGCCCCGUUCAUCGCCGUGCCUGUCCUAAUCACGUUGCUCAUGACUGCUGUAGUGGUGUGGAGGAGUAAACGCAGCGAGGGAGUGCUUUAG